GGGCCGGUUUUCACAGUUUUCAAAAUAUAAAUUAUUAAUUAUUCAUUUGCUGAAAGCGGAGCUCAGUAGCCAAAUUAUCAGCACUCGGAGAGUAGUGUUGUUCGUGGAUGAUCCGAAAUGGUUCGACUGAAGCACAGGUAUGCAACCGUGGAGCUGAGCUACAGCGGCGACAGUGACAGUGGUGGUGGCCGCCAGCACGACGAACAGCUGAGCAGCAAGCGCAUGGUGGAGGAGCUGCGCAAGGCAGUGCAAUGUCUUCACGGUGAUUAUGGUCUGGGAUGCGUCUUGAGAUCCCUGCAUGUGAAAUACCUGAAUGUACAAACAAACAUUGCCAUAAUCCGUAUUUCUCGCGGCUACUACAAGCUCCUGCUCUCUGCUCUUCCGUUGAUGAAGAAACUCCGGGAUAUUGAGUGCAGCAUCAAGGUGUUACAUCUGGGAGGUACUAUUCGUAGCUGCCAGCGCUUUCUCAUUGCUCACAAUCGCAAAUACCUUCAGGAAUGCUUGAAAACAGCGACUACACCUGUUGAACGUGCAGAGUUGAUGGAUCUGAUUGCUGCGUAGUACCUCACCUCACUCUGGGCUCAGAGACGUGAAUCUGUACCCAGUCAAUGACUCCAAUCAACUGCCGUAUCGAAAGGCUGGGAGUGCCCGUGAAGCACAAGUCGAAUGUGGUGAGACUCACCCAAUGGCUAGCAAGUAUAAAAAAGGCAGGCCCUUGCAGAGUUGGUUGGAAUUGCCCUGCUUGCUGACAAUCAAUGGGCAAUCUUGAGCAGGCUAUGCAUCCUACAUGGCUAGGCCUCACUACCGGCUCUGGAUGAGUUUGAGAAUGAGUGGCGGCGAUGCAGCUGAACUCAUCACUGCUAAGUGCUGCGGGCAUGUGAUGAACUCCCGUUUGUCGGUGCUGAACUCCUGUGUGCCGACACUGUAUGAAUGUGCCACCUGCCGCCGGCCGGGAUUCGCCUUGAAGUAGGCGUACGGGAGACAUGAUGCAGCCAUGUACAAGAAGUGUAUGUGGAUUGUCACCGCUGUUGUGUUGUUGUUUCGGUGAGCAGGGACCGUGUGUUGUUACUGCUAUCCAUCAUUGACUGCAGCAGACAGUGUAGCAGUGUAUCAGUGCACAACUCACCAUGACCGUGAUCACUGGCUCUGUGCACCACCGAAUUGCUUGAAGCCAUGCCAUACAUGACCGUGCACACUGUAUCUCAGUGCUUUUGCCGAAUUAUCUGUAUUAGCAAACAAUAUCAUGGUUCUCAGCCGAACGUUGACUGGACAUUUUAUUGAGUUUAUAAAUGGCUAUCUUACGGAAGUUCCGGUGAAUCCCAUCAUGGAAGCCGACAUUUACGCAGAUGACGAAUUAUAGAGUGAUGAAAACGGGAUUGCAGCAGGUUUUUUUAAAUACAGCUAUGGGCAGUAUCUAAGGCGCACCCAUGACUAUACUUAUUAUACUAUAACAUUGGACCGACCUCUCUUGCAUGUGUGGCUAUAAUAGUUAUUCUCUGCAAAUUACUUAGUUACAGGGUCACCCUUUUCUUCUAUGAAAUACUUGUGCAUUGCUGUAACUUUUAGCUACGGUUUACCCGCUUUUUGUUUGUUUUCACUGCUCCCCUCCACCAUCACGAACAACACCAACAACAACAAACAACGACAACAACAAACAACAACAGCAGCAGCAGCAACGACAACCACAUCACUGGUCACUGUAACUGGAUGACAAUUUUCAUUUCCAUUCAA